AUGCUCAAUUUCACCCUCGCGUCCCACGGGAGUCACAACCACACCAUUCAAGAUUGGAAUCCCCUGGAAUACCUCACACCCCCACACCCACCCCCCGUCCUCAUGCAGCUGGACCCUGCUCUCAUUCCCCAUUCAAUUGAGGUGGGAACUUAUCGUUCAGCCAUGAGUAAGAUGGCAGAAGACAUUAUAGCUCUAAGGACACAGGUGGUGACGUUGGAGGCAGAAAACAGCCAGCUCCGCAGUGACCUGUCUCUGCACCAGGACCUUGGCCGACAUCUGCUGGAUGACGCAGACAUUGCCGUCAUGACCAAGGCUGAGAUUGCUGACCGCAUAGCAUCCCUGAAAUUUAAGCUGGCCAGUGAGACCAGUAAGGUGGCCACACAAAGGGACAGGAUCCAACAGCUCCAGAACGAGCUAAUCAAGAAAAAUGACAGCGAGAAGGAGCUGCUAAAACUCAACCGAGUUCAGCAGCAGCAGAGGGGGAAUCCGCAGCACCAUCAGAGUCACAUGGCCAACAUGGCAACUUUAGAGGUCACCAUCAAACGGCAGGAAAAGGUUAUUGAGAAGAUGGAGAAGGCUUUAGAAAGUAAACUCAGAGAGAUGAAUAGACAAGGUAAGACUGACUGCAGAGGACAAGAGACAGAGUUGGCCCUGUUGGCCGAGAAUACGCGUCUCCGAGAAGAGGUGGACAGGAUUCACAGGCAGUCUUUACAUGCCGUUAUUCACGAGUCAGCACAGACAAAAGAGAUUAUUCCACUUAAGGAGAAACUGGCUUUACUAAAUAAACUUGAGAACGCUGAGGCAAGAGUCCAAACACUGGAAGCUCAGGUGAAAAAAAAAAUCGAUACUCAUUCACUGAAUUCUUAA